UGAGCACCAGACGCAAGCAUGCAGUAUAGUUUGACAUAAGGAUAAGAUAGAUAUUAUCAGCCUUUAAUCGCAACAGGUGAACGUCGAAAUUAUCUGCAUGUACGUUUUGACCAACAAUAAUGGCGAUUGGUAUCGGUUCCAGUCGAAUUGCGCAAAACUUGGGCCGCUUCAAGCUGAUUACUUUUGAUGUUACGGAUACGUUGUUGAAGUUUUCUCGACCGCCUGAAGUCCAGUAUGCCCUGGCAGCCAGACAGAAUGGAUGUACAGGCAUAGAUGAACGAGCAUUGUCUGAACGGUUUCGAGUUCAUUUCAAGAAAAUGGCUCGCGAAUAUCCUAAUUUUGGGAAGUUCUCCGGCUACGACUGGCACUGGUGGUGGAGAUCCUUAGUGAUGGACAUAUUUCGUGAUUCCCAUACUCAUAUCGAUGAAAUAAUGCUUGGUCGCCUUGCCGAUCAGCUUAUUGAAAACUACAAAACAAAAGACUGCUGGACCAAAGUUGAAUUAGCUAAUGAAGUGCUGGAAAUAGCCAGGUCAUGCCAAAAACAUGUAGGAAUUAUAUCAAACUUCGACCCACGGUUAUGUGAUAUUCUAGAAGCAAUGGCCUUGCCGAAAGUGGACUUCGUCCUCACUAGUUACGAGGCUGGCAGCCAAAAACCGUGCUAUCGAAUUUUUGAUCUCGCCCUAAGCCGAUGCAAUGCCAUCGUGCUUCCUAGUGAAGCGUUGCACAUUGGAAACACACCCAGUUUGGACUACAUAGGAGCAAAGCGUGCAGGUUGGUCUAGUGUGCUGGUUAAUGUGACGGUGGAAGCAGAGCGGGAAGUUUCUCUAAACUCGGAAAUCAAUCCAAAGCAUGUAUUUAAAAAUUUCCAAGAAUUUAUUCACGUAUUAGAAUCAACGGAACUUGCAUGGUGAUUUUAAAGCCAUGCUAGAAUUGUUUAGAUGGCUUUGUUGUUUUGUUCUAAAGUCUAGAUAAUAAAUUAGUAUUUUCUAAAAGCAUAUUAUAUCACUUGCAUGAGAUCUGUCGGGAACAGUCGUUCACGAAUUGGAAUAUUUAGUCAAUUAGUUUUGUUUUGACAUAGUUAUGUG